AUGCAGAAGAAGUGCACUCAUACCUCUCAACCACCCUGUUUAGAAGCCUACCCGAAGACUGUUUCGAGACUCACUCCAGAACCGCAGGACGAUAUGAAGACCGCUGUUCCACCCACUCCGAAAGAGCAAGAAGACACGAACACCGCCGUCCCACCCACUCCAAAGGAGCAAGACGACACAAACACCGCCGUUCCACCCACUCCAAAGGAGCAAGACGACACAAACACCGCAGUUCCACCCACUCCAAAGGAGCAGGAUGAUAUGAAGACUGCCGUGCCACCCACUCCCAAACAGCAAGACGACACGAACACCGCAGUUCCACCCACUCCAAAGGAGCAGGAUGAUAUGAAGACUGCCGUGCCACCCACUCCCAAACAGGUAUAG